CGUUAAUGUCCAGUAUAGAUAGACAAGCGCCACGAUUACGAUUUACGAGAGAAGUUUGCUGCAUCUUCACUCUUCAGCACAUCGCACACCACUCUCCUCCCCUUUUUCUUUCUCGCCGCUGUUCUUCCAUCGAUUGAAACCACUUCAGAUUAUAUUUAUUCAGUUUGAGGAUGAGGAGAAGAAGUUACAGUCCUUCACCACCUAGAGGUGGUUACAGCAGAAGGGGACGCAGUCCGAGUCCCAGGGGGCGCUAUUCUGGCCGUGGAAGAGAUCCUUCCACUAGUUUAUUAGUUCGAAAUCUUCGACAUGAUUGCAGACCUGAAGAUCUCCGUAGGCCAUUUGGUCAGUUUGGUCCUCUCAAGGACAUUUACUUGCCUAGGGAUUAUUACACUGGAGCUCCUCGUGGAUUUGGUUUUGUGCAGUAUGUGGACCCAGCAGAUGCUGCUGAUGCAAAGUAUCGGAUGGAUGGCCAUAUUUUUCAAGGCCGUGAAUUGACUGUUGUGUUUGCAGAGGAGAACAGGAAGAAACCAACUGAGAUGAGAACAAGGGAACGGACUAGGGGCCGGUAUCAUGACAGAAGGCGUUCUCCUGCGCGUUAUUCCCGUUCACCGCGAUAUUCUCGCUCUCCACCUCCACGUCAUGCAAGGUCUAGGUCUCACAACCGUGCUGACUACUCACCUUCUCCCAAACGAAAACAAUACUCAAGGUCUGUUUCACCUAGAGACAGAAAGCUGAGUCGGGAGAGGUCUUAUUCCCGAGAAAGUCGAGGCAGAUCAUAUUCACGUUCGCCACAAUCUCCUAAAGCCUCUAGAAGUCGGAGCAGGAGCCAAAGUCCUAGUAGGAGUCCUAGGCGAAGCAGAAGCAAGAGUCCAUAUCCUGAAGACCUACCUAAAGAGCAGAGCAGAGAACAAUCUCCUAGUCAAUAGGGUUGAGAUUGGAUGGUACUCGUAUGUGCUCCGUCUAUCUAAUCAAGUCUGCAUUAUCCAAAUAGCCUGAACUUACAAAUGAUGCUCUAGUUUAGUAGUAACGCCACCCAAAUUUUAGUUCUAUUAAAUUAAUCCCUUGAGAUUUGAGAAUAGAGAUAGCAGGUUUCUUGCUCUGUUUUAUAGGCUAAACUUAUUAUGCCUACAGCUUGUCUGCCCUUUCUGUUUGUGCUUUUAUGGUGGUGUAAUGGGUCAUGUUUGAAAACCUUAGAUUUUAAAAUUUGAAGCUGUUUUCAGAAAAUUUUAGACAAAACUUUGGUCUAAAUUAUUUGAAUGCCAUUGCAAUUACUUUUUUGA